CCCCUUUUCGCCUGACAUUCCAUCUCAUCAUCAUUAUUUUUAUCCCCUCUUCCUUCCGUUUUGUUUUUCUUUUCACUCUUUGCCUUCUUCCGUUUCCAUUUCCCCAUCGUCAACCACACCCUUUCUUCGUAUCCAACCCUCCCCCCAACCCCUUUACCCCAACCUCUCAGCCAACCCAAACCAAAAGAUACUAUCCAUAUCCACCCACAUGUUAUGACAUACACAUAUACCACCCAUAUCACGAUAUACCAACACCACCACCUGCUAACCAUGUACCACACAACAACAACAACAGCACGACCACUUCCGCCAAACCUGGACCCUCCUCUACGAGGCCUGCGCCCGCAACCAGCGGCCCCCUCACCUCUCUCUCAGACAGUUCCUCGACGAAGGGCUGAGCCUGGUCCGCUAUCUCACCACGCACCACACCAUUGAGGAAACGCACCUGUACCCGAUCCUGGCGUGCAAAAUGCCCGAGUUCCGCGCCGCUACUGCACGUUCACAUUCACAUUCACACCACCAUCACCAUCACAACGGCCCAAUAUCUGGCCAACAGUCGGCGGGAGAAGGUGAUGAUGGCAACGACUGUGAGCUGAUAGUGCAGCACCGGCUGAUCCACGCGGGCAUGGACGAGUUCGAAGCCUACCUGCGGCGAUGCAAGACGGGCGAGUGCGAGCUGUCGCUGUCGGUGCUCAAGGAGAAGAUGGAUUCAUGGGGCGAGGUGCUGCUCAGGCAUCUCGACCAGGAAGUGGAGGCGCUGAGUGCCGAGAGGAUGAGGCGGUACUGGACUGUGUCUGAGAUGAGGGCUAUUCCCAUCUGAUUUGGUCCGUUGGUUCUUUCCCUCACGAGUCAGAAGGGCUAGGCUGCAGAUAUCAUUGUGAUGCUAGUGUUCUUCAUUGUUAGGACUGCAGUUUCGCGGCCGUUGCUAACUCUACACAAUAUCAUGGUACUCUACACAGGCAAAUUCGCCAAAGCCUGCCGGAUAUCCAGCCUCCACCUCCCCAGAUGCGCUUAGGGUAUCAUGCCUCAAAUACGAUACAAGUAAAGGAAAUCAGGAGCCGCUGUGGAACCACCAUCGGUUCAAACAUGGGUUCAAUGAGCGUAUGUUCUUCCGACGCUCAAAGUGCCCGAGACUGGUUGUUCAUGUAACUCAGGAAGAAUAUAUUAUCGGCAAU